AUGGUGAGUGAAAAGAUUCUCUGGUAUUGUAAUAAUAUGCGUAUACAAUUUUUAAUAAUACGGCAUUUACAGUGAUUUACAUAUUCGUAUAUAUUUUAAUUGUAACAGGAAGGUGAAAUAUACACCUCAUACAAAAUCGAGGGACGUAACGAAACUGCUGAGUUGUAUUGCUCGAGUGAUAAAGAAGCGGCCAAAUUGUUUGGAUUAUACUUGGAUCACAAGAUUUCUUUACCGAAAGUAGAAGAAAGUGGUCAGGGAAUCAAAGUUCAAGUUUGCAACUCAUCACUGACUUCUAUUUACGAAGUGUGGCGUGCUAGAGACAAGAUUUAUGUCGAAGCUGUUUAUUUUCAGUCGGUGAGUUUUUAAUUUGCAUUUUUAGCACUCAUGAAUGGAAAUAUGUAAAUUUCUAUAUAGGUUUACAUAAUAUAUCAAUGCCUAUCAAGUUUAUAUUCGCUUGACUAUAUAUGACAUGUAGUCUGUAAAAACUCAGAAAUUUAGUUCUACAUUUUAUUUUGUUUUGAACAGAAAAUGCGUGUAACUUCAUUUCCUGCACCCCAGGAAAGUAUUUUAACAGAAUUACGUGGAUGUCAAAUACAAUUGCCAGAAAACGAAGCAGAGAAAGAAGUGUUUGUCCUAAAGCAACUAUACGGGUUUGAAUCCUUUAAAGAUGGACAGUUGGAAGCUAUACGUUCCAUUAGUCAAUACAAUGACACACUUGUAUUGAUUCCAACAGGGGGUGGAAAAAGUGUAGUUUACACUGUAGCUGCUGUUCUCAUGCAAGGAUUGUCUGUUGUUGUAGAACCACUAAAGUUUAUAAUGGAAGAACAGUCAGAGAAAUUAAGAUCAAAACAAGUUCCUGCUUUUUAUUACAAUUCCUCACUGACAGAUGCAGAGAUGGAUUCAAUUGUUAACACCUUAUGUAGAAAGGACUUACCUUAUGCAAUACUUUUUACCAGUCCUGAAUGCAUAAUGUCUAGCAAGCUUCAGCAUGUCCUUAAAACAUGGAGUGAUGUUGGGAAACUUAGCUUCAUUGCAGUCGAUGAGGCUCACUGUAUUGAUGUGUGGGGUCAUGGCUUUCGUCAAGAUUUUUUAAAGCUUGGGAGUCUAAAAGAUUUUUCAGUUCCUAUAAUUGCCCUCACUGGCACAGCUACAGAUAAAGUAAUGUCCUCAAUUGUGUCCACACUUGCUAUGACCACGCCAAAUGUGAUUAAAGUUAAAUGUGCAAGAACUAAUUUGUUCAUACAAAUACAAGCCAAGGAUAACAAACCAUUAAAACAAGUUAUUGAUUUCAUCAAAACUAAUUGUCCGGGGAAGAGAGGCAUUGUGUAUUGUGCUCGUAGAAAGGAUACAGUUGAUCUGGCACAUAAAUUGAAAUCGGAUAACAUUGAUGCUGUUUUUGUUCAUGGUGGUUUGUCAGAUGUAGACAGAAAAAAAUAUGAGCAUGCAUGGGCCAGCGGCACUGCCCAUGUAAUAUGUGCUACCAAGUCAUUUGGUAUGGGCAUCGAUCAGAAAGAUGUUCGUUUUGUAUUGCAUUUGUCAUUUCCUGAAAGCAUGGAAGACUAUGUACAAGAGAUAGGGAGAGCUGGAAGAGAUGGACAUGCUGCAAUUUGUGGACUAUUUUUUGAUCACAAGGAUCGGUCAUUCCAUCUACACAACAUCAUGCAGAUUGAGGACAAAGAGAUUUUGUCCUAUAAGUAUGAAUUAAUGAACAAAAUGGCGAUGUACUGCACAAAUCGUACCUGUCGCCACAAGUUUAUUAUGUCCUAUUUUAAUGAAGACAUGCAAGAAUGUGAGGAACACUGUGACAUUUGUACUUCAAAUGUUGAUACAAUUCAAGAUUGCACAUCCAUCGCACUGCUCGUGAUCCAAGGUCUUGCAAGACUGCAGCAGGUUCAAGAAAAAGUAACUGUUCUUCUUCUCACACAAUUCCUAAUGGGAUCACCGACCAUUGUGUUAAAAGCUCUUGCUUUAGAUAAAGCUGCUGAAUUUGGUUUGGUUAAAGAUUAUUUUAAAACCAAAACAGGAAGAAGGGAUUUACAAGCACUGAUUUACCAUCUGAUAAUUACUGGAAUGAUCAGUGAAGUUCCUGCUGGUACUCCAGAAAACCCCAGUAUUGUGAUAAAGACUGGUAAUGUUCAGAAUCUUCAAAGUGGCAGUGAAAAGUGUUAUUUUCACACAACCAUUUUUAACUGA